AUGGUGCGAGAUCCCCUCUUAUUGAAUGCGAACCCGCGGGUUGGGCCAGAUUUCAUCCAACCUUCUUUGUAUUCCCCGAGCAAACUGACUGGUUGCGGUUUGCCUCCUGUCCAAGAUCUAAAGUCGUAUCCCGAUAAUUCUUUUUCCCAUCUCAGACACUCGGAACACACGCAUGAGCUUACACCCAACCCAAUGGCAACCCGUCGUUCCCACACCAAAUCCCGGAAUGGCUGCCGAGACUGUAAGCGGAGAAAGGUCAAGUGCGACGAAGUUUACCCGUCCUGCUUCAACUGCACUAGGCAUGGUAUUACCUGCAGUCUGUCAUUGACGUCUCAGAGCUCGCCUAGCGAUAUCACCCCUCAACGGCCAUCUGCCCCGUCAUCUGCACCAAGCCUGAGCCCUGCUUCCAAAUAUGGGUUCCUGGACGUGGCUGCCAGCCGCAGUAGUCAUCCAGCACCAAAUAUAGAGGUUUGGAAUCGCAGCUUGGAGUUGAUGCAUCACUAUACCCUGGCCACUGCCGACUCACUAGCCACACGUCCGGACAUGCAGUAUGUGUGGCGCGUUGUGGUCCCCGAAAUCGGCUACAACUGCAACUUUGUAUCGCACGGCAUUCUUGCCCUAGCAGCACUGCACAAGGCUUACCUUAUCCCUUCCGAGCGGGAGACAUACGUUGACCUCGCGGCAGCUCACCAAACUGCGGGUCUCGAAGGUUUCCGUGCAGAGCUGCACAACAUCAACGACACCAACUGGCAGUCCUUCUUCAGCUUCUCCUCUCUUGUAGUUCUAUUUGUGUCGUCGAUACCUCUACGCACGGCAAGAGAGACUGAGACACUCCCUCAUGUUCUAGAGCUCUUCAGCUUCAUACGGGGAAUCCGUGCUGUUAUAGAACCGUAUCAGGCUCGUUUGAUACAGACAAAAUUCUCGCCUCUAGUUUAUGGCGCAUGGGUCAUCAACCCCCAUGAGGCCAAUUACCAAAGCAAUCCGCCCAUGCACCAGUCCCCACUCCCCAAGGACAUUUUCAAGGCCUUUGGCGAACUUUCAGAAUUCUUUCACCAAUCAUUAGAGGGGAAAAGCCUCGAGGAAUAUCUCAGCGCCAUAGCUGAGCUGGAGAAGGCAAUCUACCUCGUCGCUCACGCCGGUCCUUUUCCUGAGGUUGGUUCGCUUAUAUUUUGGCCGUAUACCAUUCCCGAGAAUAUAAUGAACGAUAUCCAAUCAAGGAACCCGUACAGCAUUCUGCUUGUGUCGUAUUUUGCGGUACCGCUCUGCGUGAUGGAGCAGAGGUUCUGGUACAUGAAGGGGUGGUCGCGGAGGCUCUUGGGCGUCUUGGACGAGUGCCUGACGGAAUAUCCAGCGCUUAUGGAGAUGGCUGAGUGGCCCAGGAAACAGAUUACCGAGCUUUACGGUAUUGUUUAG